CAAAAAGAAAGGUCCCCACUUGCGGGUUGAAAUUUUUUUUUUUCCUCAUUCUCCUGUCUUUGUUUCAGAUCUACAACAUAUUACACGGUCUCUAAUAGUCUAAAGUAUUGAGCAGUCAAACAAAAACCAAACCCCCAAAAACAACCAUCCGGGUCUGCUCCUGUUCUUCAGUUUUAUGAUUGGAAACAGAGAGAUUUACAGAGAAAAGUGAGAUGGGGUUGGUGGGUGUUGGAGAAACUGGAAAUGGAGAAAUGGGUUUGUCUAGUGUUGCAUUGGGAACCAAGAACAAAUACAAGAGGAUGGAUUCUCAGCUCCCAGAUGAAGAUGAAGGUGCUUCACAGCACCAGCUACAAGAAAAAAGGAGCAAAAAAACCAGGAAAUAUGUCCUUGCUUGUGCCAUUUUUGCUUCUCUCAACUCUGUUCUUCUCGGCUAUGAUGUAGGUGUCAUGAGUGGAGCGAUCAUAUUCAUUCAGGAAGAUUUAAAGAUCACCGAGGUACAAGAAGAAGUACUUGUUGGGAUUCUGAGCAUUGUUUCGCUCUUUGGUAGUUUAGCUGGUGGUAAAACAUCCGAUAUGAUUGGUAGAAAGUGGACCAUGGCCUUGGCUGCUGUUGUCUUUCAAGCUGGUGCAGGUGUAAUGGUAUUUGCUCCUUCAUUUGAAAUACUGAUGAUUGGAAGACUCCUGGCCGGCAUUGGAAUUGGCUUCGGUGUCAUGAUUGCCCCUGUUUACAUUGCUGAGAUAUCACCCACCAUUGCCAGAGGCUCACUGACCUCCUUCCCUGAAAUUUUUAUAAAUCUUGGAAUUUUACUAGGCUACGUCUCAAACUAUGCAUUUUCUGGUCUUCCAGCACAUAUAAACUGGAGGAUAAUGCUUGGAGUAGGAAUUCUGCCUUCGGUGUUCAUUGGUUUUGCACUUUUCGUAAUCCCUGAGUCCCCAAGGUGGUUGGUCAUUCAGAACCGUGUUGAUGAGGCAAGAUCAGUGUUGUUGAAAACAAAUGAAAAUGAAAGUGAGGUGGAGGACAGACUGAAUGAAAUACUAGUAGCUGCUGACACGUCCAGUGGAGGGAAAUACGAGGAGAAAAGUGUGACACGUGAACUAUUGAGUCCAUCUCCUGCACUUCGCCGAAUGCUUAUCACUGGGUUUGGAAUUCAGUGUUUCCAACAGAUAACAGGAAUAGACGCGACUGUGUAUUACAGCCCUGAAAUCUUCAGAGAAGCUGGAAUUGAGGAUAAAACAAAUCUACUUGCCGCAACUGUUGCUGUGGGUGUCACAAAGACUGUAUUUAUAAUGGUUGCUAUUCUCCUUAUUGACAAGCUUGGAAGAAAGCCCUUGCUUUAUGUCAGCACUAUUGGAAUGACUGCUUGUUUAUUCAGUUUGUCCUUUACUCUCACUUUUCUUGGGAAAGGGCAGAUUGGGAUUGCAAUGGCAAUUUUGUCAGUUUGCGGGAAUGUAGCCUUCUUCUCUGUUGGAAUUGGUCCUGUUUGCUGGGUUUUGACAUCCGAAAUCUUUCCUCUAAGGCUGCGUGCUCAGGCAGGAGCACUCGGGGCGGUGGGCAAUAGGGUGUGCAGUGGCCUAGUUGCCAUGUCUUUUCUCUCAGUUUCCAAUGCAAUUUCAUUCGGUGGAACAUUCUUUAUCUUUUCUGUAGUUUCGGCUGUUUCAGUUGCAUUUGUCUACAUCUUUGUUCCAGAAACCAAAGGAAAGUCAUUGGAGCAGAUCGAGUUGCUUUUUCAGACUGAACAAUGGGAAGGGGACGGGGGUCAAGUGGAACUAGGAGAUGUUGAGCAUCUUGUGCAGAAAGGAUGAUUGAUCAGGAAAGCUCGUUCGAUGAACAGAAACCUUCCAGUUCUUACUACCGUUCAAUUGGUUUGAUAGAGGAUACGAACAAUUCAUAAUUCAUAGCAUUCACGUCACUGAUGGGACUAUCUUGAGUAUGAGCUUGCAGGAUGUGGAUUUCUGAAGAGAACCUUGCGCUUGUACAGACAGUUCUCUUCAGCCAAAUAAAUAAGGUAGAUACCAAAGGGAGCACAUUAAAUGUUUGAGUUGUGUUCUUGUUAAGUAAAGAGCUAUCUCUUGAGUUGCCUUAUAGGUUUCACAAUGAGAUACUUGUAUUACGUUUACAACUACUAGAAAGCGGAAUCAAAUUCAUUUGUUCACGAUCAUUAUUACCUAGCUGCUGCAUAAUAUUUCAGAUCA